CGGGGACAGAGCGGCUGGAGAGGAGGGCAAGGGAGAUGGUCAGCAAGGCCGGGCUCAAGCGGCAAGCAGUCGUUGCGCCCGGUUUGGAGGUCCGGGAAGUUUAGAGGACAGAGCGAGGAAUGAAGGGAUGAAGUGGUUUAGAUUUCUGAAGCGUUAAGUUCUCUAAAUGUUGGUAGUAUUGUUUGGAUCAUUGGCUGCUUAGGGGUUGGGAUGAGAUGGGCUCUGUGAGGGAGAAUGGCCAAUUGAGUUGUAGAACCGAGUCAUCUCUGUCUUACUAAAUAAAGAGGUUAUGGGAUACCUCCCCCUCUGCUGAGGGCAGCCUACGGAGGAGAUGGUACCAAUCAGACAAGAAACAUUUUACAGUGACUGGCAGGAGUUGGUUGAAAUAUUCCGGUUGUGUUGGUUUGACUUCAAUGAUUAUAUAUUUUCAAAUGACCUGUGAAUUGCUUGUUACUCUUCUGUGGUGUGUUUUGUUUUGUUUUGUAUUUUUGUCCCCAAAUUGGUUUUUAUUUUAAAUGAAUACUUCUGCCCACCGGGUGUAAAUCCUUUCAGGCUUCCUUACGGAAUAAGAACUAAAGCAGAAUGAAAGUAUUGCUGCAGGCAUAACUUAUACUUUCUAAACUGCUAAGAGGAAGUACAGGCAGUAAGAGGCAAAUUGGAAUUUGAAUCUUUUAACCGCUUCUGAAAGCUACAACCAAGUGCUUCUAAGAAACAAAUUGGAAAUUGUCUACCAUGGCUCUAGUUGUUUUUUGUUUGUUUGUUUUUUUCUGAGCUGUAAAAAUUGUGCCCCUAUAAGCAUGUAAAAAUUUAUAAAUCAAAGCCAUUUUCCUUGUUAAGGAUUACCUCCCCGUGAAUUUUUAAAGAUGGCAAAGAUUACCUUUUCUUGUUCAUUUCAAGAUGAUUUCAUUUCUCUUCCAACUCAGUCCUAAAACACUGGGACAAUGGAAAUAUCAAGUCUCAACCUGCACAGUGCAGCUUCCCCUUUCAUGUGGCAACAAAAUUGCACACCCUGUUGCCAGUGCUCUUCACCCUAAAAUUUGCUCUGGCAUGGUAAUCCGUUCACUUAGGAAGACCUGUGAGAAAAUAUAAUUUAAGUGAGGUUUGUUGAAGGUGGGAGCCUGGGAAGGGUUAGAAGUGGAAGGGUGUGAAAGGGGUUUGUGUUUGGAGACCGGUGGGUAAGAAUGCAGAUAAACCUGCCCCCAGAAUACUUUGGGACUGGAAGCAUUUUCUUACUGUAUUCAUAGAAUAAAUAUAGUUGAAGUGAAUCAGAAAGAAAGAGGAUGUGAGGAGAUUUACCUGUGGUUUAUUUAAAAAAAAAAAAAAACAUUGACUUGUUUAGACAAUAUUGGUACCUGUUUUAAAUUAAUUAACUUUAAAAUCUCCAGAGGAAUUCCCCCCACCCCUGUUUGUUUUUGAGGGAUGCUUGCAAUUUGAGACUCUUGCCUCCUUGCAUGUUUCCUUCUUUCAUGUUGUUGAAACCCGAUUCUUUUGGAGGCUAUAAUGUCCACUUAGCCUGGUUCAGUCCACUCAACAAGCUGACUGGCAAUUUGAUCUGGGAAAUUUGUGAAGUUUUAAAGCAAGGGCAGCUUGCUUAGUCUUGUUUUUUCCAUCAGAAAAGUCAUUCUGUCUGUGUGCUAUAAUUCUGUGUCUAACUUGAGUAGGAAUCUCCUUCUCCAAAGGGCUUGGGAAUAUAAGCCGUAUUCUUUCUUUUGCAGUCAGGCCAUUUUUUUUGUCCUUGUUAACUGCAAUUUUUAUAGUUAUUAUAACAAAUUUCAUAAUUCACAUCCCUGUACAGUGCAAGCCCAGUAGAUAACUGUGUGAUAAUGUAGAGAGUAAAAGAUGAGAGCUCAGUUGUUAGCAGACUUAAAUAUAUUCUGGAUUUCCUUUUUUUUUUAAAACAAACAAACAAAAAACCCCUUAAGUCUACCAUUCCUGAGAUUUGUCUCCUAUUUCCCCUCUUUGAUACUGUUCUCUUCUUUAUAACUUUCCCUCCCCACCCUCCAAACCCCUACAACUUACUCAUCUUGAAAAUCAGGUUUAGGAGCAUUUAGUUCAGAACUUUACUGGAGAAAAUAAAAUCUUUUAUACCUGUUUUACAUAUUUUCCCCCCUUGUGGUUUUGGUUACUCACUUAAAAUAUAGACCCAGUGUGCCUGCUGGGCUGUGCCCAGGUUGAGAGCCAUGCCAGUCUGUGGGUGAAGCCUGAGACAGUAAUGGAGCCUCUGCAGCAGCAACAAAAGCAGCCACACCAGGCUCCUCUACAGAUGGAUGCCAGAGAGAAGCAGAACCCACAGACAAGAGAAGCACAGUUCCUGUAUGCCCCCAAACUAGCCACCCAGUCUACUCUCCUUUCUGUCACACCUGGGAGACCUUCUGGUAGCCCUGUUCUGGGUCCCUUAGCUAGAGUUACGACAGCCACACCAGUGACCCAAGUAUUUGAGCAGAGCAACAUCAACUCUGAGCCUGAGGAAGAGGAAGGAGGUUUGGAAGACGAAGAUGGAGAUGAAGAUGUUGCAGAAAUGGUUGAAAAAGAGGCCCAGGCUGCAUCCAAAUAUUUCCAUGUGCAAAAAGCAACUCGCCAAGACCCCAGAGCAGCACCCAUGUCCAGCCUGCUUCCAGCACCUGGACUCCCACCACAGGGACAAGCAGCUAAGGAAGACCAUACCAAAGAUGCUUCCAAGGCCCCAGCUUCCGUCCCCACAGCUGGGCAGCCGAGCUGGAGUCUGGAUGAGCAGCUUAAGCAGAAUGGUGCUUUGGCCUGGAGUGAUGAUGCUGAUGGAGGCCGGGGAAGAGAGAUCUCUCGAGAUUUUGCCAAGCUGUAUGAACUGGACAGUGAUCCUGAAAGGAAAGAAUUUCUGGAUGACCUGUUUGUCUUUAUGCAGAAGAGGGGCACCCCUAUCAACCGGAUUCCCAUAAUGGCCAAACAGAUCCUGGACCUGUAUAUGCUGUAUAAACUGGUCACAGAAAAGGGGGGCUUGGUGGAAAUCAUCAACAAGAAGAUCUGGCGGGAGAUCACCAAAGGCCUGAACCUGCCCACGUCCAUCACCAGCGCUGCCUUCACCCUCAGGACCCAGUACAUGAAGUAUCUAUAUGCCUAUGAGUGUGAGAAGAAAGCCUUGAGCUCCCCAGCUGAACUACAGGCAGCCAUUGAUGGCAACCGUCGGGAAGGUCGGAGGCCCAGCUAUAGCUCUUCCCUCUUUGGCUAUUCUCCUGCUGCUGCUGCUGCCGCCGCCGCUGCUGCCGCUGCUAGUGCUGCCACUGCUGGGGCCCCUGCCCUUUUAUCACCCCCCAAGAUCCGAUUCUCCAUCCUUGGGCUUGGCUCUAACAGUGGUACCAAUGCCAGUAGCCCUCGGAUAUCCCCAGCAUCUACGCUCAGGAAAGGUGAUGGAGUCCCAGUGACAACAGUACCUGUGCCAAAUCGCCUGGCUGUGCCUGGGACUUUGGCAGGCCAGCAGGCUGGCAACCGGACAGGUACACUGGAACAUUUACGGGAGCGUCUAGAAUCAGGGGAGCCCCCUGAGAAGAAGGCAUCAAGGUUGUCGGAGGAGGAGCAGCGCCUGGUGCAGCAGGCCUUCCAGCGCAACCUCUUUAGCAUGGCGCGUCAGCUCCCCAUGAAGAUGAGAAUCAACGGCAGGGAAGACAGAGCAGAGACUUCAGCUGCAGCACUGAACUUGACUACAAGCAGCAUUGGGAGCAUCAAUAUGUCUGUGGAUAUUGAUGGCACCACCUAUACAGGUGUGCUGUUUGCCCAGAAACCAGUGGUCCACCUCAUUGCAGGCUCUGCUCCCCAGAGCAUUGGCAGCACCAGCAGCAGCAGCAGCUCUCACUGCUCACCAAGUCCUACCUCAUCCCGGGGCACCCCCAGUGCAGAGCCCUCCACCAGCUGGUCCCUCUGAUGAGCAGCACCCAGCACCCACUCCCUGCUCUCCUGCAGAGAGUAAGGGAGAUCGAUGCACAAAAUUUACCUCAUCUCAUGGAGCUCACAUCAAACACCAUCUGGCCAGAUGUUGAAUUUGGAAGUGUCCAUCUGGCCAGGCUCCAUUCAGGUUCUGCUGUACUCUGGGGACAAGGAGAGACUUGAGGGGGGCAGGGCAGAGCAGCGUUGUCCAAUCAGGGAUUGUCCUGGAGAACUGGGUGGGGCAUCUGGGCAUCCAGCUUCCCAAGGGUUCCCAACCACCUCCCAUCCCAGAGCAGUGUAUCGACAAUCUGUAAGGCGACGUGGGGCUGAAGGCUUUCCAUUUCCCUUCCCCUUAAUUUAUUUCCCUUCUGCUGCCUUCUGCCUUCACCUCAGGAUCACCAGUCUCUUAGUCUGCCCAGUCCCCCAGUGUUUAAAUCCCAUUUGGGGCUCUAGGAGUCAGGAGCUUGUCUUCCUUGCUCUUGUCUACUGAGCAUGGGAUGGGGAUGGGCCUUCCCAGUCCUCCUUGCUUACUGCUUGAUUCUUUGGACAUGAGCCUCUCAAUCCACGUCUUAACUUCUCUCCUCAGGGCCCUGGAAUAUCCCCUUUGUUAUUCUAAGAAAUAAAUGUGUGAGGGCAGGCUUCAGGUUCAAGGCCUCUGCACAUGAAAAGGAGGAAGAGCUCAUGGUGCCCGGGCCCUGGUACUUACCCAACAAGACUCCAUUCUAAUCCCCAAACUGCAGCUCCCUGCCUGCCCAAGUUGGCCAGCUCUCCCAAGAUACUACUUGUCCCUGGCCCCUACUGUCGUCUCUUGGGGCCAUUUCAGCCCCACCAGCCCCAGACAUGCUGGUGUCAGGCUCACUGAAAUACCUCAGAUUUGUAAUUGUUGCUAUUUGAUUCUUCAGGAAGUAUUUGCAUCUCUGUAAUCUUUUUUAUAUGUGUUUUGCUGACUUUAAUUUUUUUAAUUUUUAUUGUUGCUGUUGUAGCACCAAAGAAAUGAAAGCAGAUCACCCCAGCCAGGUGCAGUUUGCAGCCAGCCUCCCUCCAACCUGCCCAUGCUCUGGCCAGGAGGUGGAGCAGGCAGGGGUGACUCAGGGAUCACCACAGCGGGAGGAUGGGAUGGAGGGUCCCAUGCUUGCUGGUGGGUCCUGAAACCACACUGGUUCUUUCUGCCCCUGCCCCAGCUGACAGAGGAGGGCAGGGUAUCUUUCUGCCCUUGGAGCCCUUGCCUUGGGAUAUAGGCAAAUGGCUGUGGGCCCUGCCUGAGGCUGAGCCCCAGGGACAAGAAGAUGCUAAGAGAGCUCUGUCUCCUCCUGGCAUGUAGCUGGAACAGGCCACUGUGGUAGAGAAAGGGUGGUCUUUACCCAGGUCUCUCAUCCCAGUGUGCUCUACUCUGUUACCUAAAGCAUCACCCACUGGGACUGCUUGGGUUGUGGCAGUGUAGACCACAGCAUGGCUCAGCAGUCCUGUCAAGGACAAGAAAGGGAAACCGAAAGCGUGUGCACAAAUAUACCUCAGCCUGGCGAGCGCCCUCACUGCUUACUUCUGACUCCUCUCCCUGCCCCAGGACACACACAGUAACUCACACAUACACACACACACACACACACACACACACACACACACACACACACACACACACACACACACCCAUAGCUCUUAGACUGGGGUCUGACCCUUGUCUGGCCUCAGAAGCCUUACCCACUAGGCACAAGCAGGGUUGGGCAGAGGACAUCUGGGGUCUGGCAUUGUGAGAAGCCUAUUUGGCCAGUGUGUCUCAGGAUUUAGUUAUGAAAGAUAGACCCUUCCUGUCUGGGGGGAUGGGGAGGGAGAGACAGGGACAAUGCAGGUUUUUCUGGUCAUGGGAUCCUCUUUCUCUUUCCCCAGGCAGCUUGUCCACCUGUCCCUCUCCAUACCCCUCACUGCCCUCAAGCCAGCAGCAGGCUCCUAGCCAGAAAAUGCAAGAGCUGGGUACCUGUGUGUCCCCAGCAUUAGGGCUCUGGCCCAAAUGGAGCUUCCCUUGCAGGCAUAGUCCUGAAGGUCACGUGGCAGAACAGUAUCUCCCUCCCUUCCAUGUCUUGUAUGUAUUCUAACCAGAAAAAAAAAAAAAAAUGUGAUAGCACAUGGUAGCCUAGGCCGUGAAUAAAUACCUCAGACGUCCUCUCACAGCAAGUGUCUGUAUAUGUUGUGGUUAUUUUCUGUCUUACAUGUUCUUGAAUGUUUAUAUUUCAAUAAAGCUCUACCUCUUCACAUGA